ACCAUUUCCACUUAUAACAACAUGGCUGCUGAAGAUCUGCCGUCUGAAUUUGACAUCGUCAUUCUGGGCACAGGUCUUGCAGAGUCGGUGGUGGCAGCCGCCUGUUCUAGAGUCGGGCAGAGAGUUUUUCACCUUGAUCGGAGGAGUUAUUACGCAGCCAAUUGGGCUAGCUUCACCUUCAACGGUCUGCUGACCUGGAUACAGGAGCACCAUGAGAAAUCUCUGCCGGAGGACAUCCAGGACUUUUCACAUUUGUUGGAAGAUGGGGAGGAGCUAAUAUAUCUGUCUACUUCAGACUCCACCUCCAUCACUAACCUGCAGGUGUUCUGUUACACCAGUGAGGAGGAUGAGGAGGCUCAGAGUGGUGAUGCUCCAAACACCACUGAAGAAGAGAAGGCAGCUGAUGAACUUGCUGUUAAAGCGUCAUCAGAGACAGAAUCUGCAGAUUCAAAAGAAGCGGAAGCAGCAGAUGGAGAAGAAGAGGAGCAGAUGCAGGGGGAGGAGCCAGAGGCAGAGCAGCCACACCCCUCUGCUGGUUCAAGUCAGUCAACGGAGAGCAGGAAGAAGAUCAGCUAUGCUCAGCUGGUGAAGGAAGGACGCAGAUUCAACAUUGAUCUGGUCUCCAAGCUUAUGUUCUCUCGCGGCUCAUUGGUCGAUCUGCUCAUCAAAUCAAACGUCAGUCGCUAUGCAGAGUUCAAGAAUGUCAGCAGGAUACUCACCUAUCGCCAUGGCAAUGUGGAACAGGUUCCCUGCAGUAGAGCAGAUGUCUUUGCGAGUCGUCAACUGUCGGUGAUUGAAAAGAGGAAGUUGAUGCGUUUUCUGACUUCCUGUAUGGAGGAGACGGAGGAACAGAAAGCCUACAAUAGUCGGCCAUAUUUGGAGUUCCUCCGCAACCAGCAGCUCGGAGACAACCUACAGCACUUCCUGCUACAUUCUAUCGCCAUGGUAACAGAUGACACGCCAACAGAGGAGGGGCUGGCCUCUUCGCGUCACUUCCUGCGCUGUCUGGGUCGCUAUGGCAACACUCCCUUCCUGUUUCCUGUGUACGGCCUGGGGGAGAUCCCCCAGUGUUUCUGCAGGAUGUGUGCCGUGUUUGGAGGGAUCUACUGUCUGAGACACUCUGUCCACUGUCUCAUCGUGGACAAGGAUGCCAACAGGUGUAAGGCGGUGAUUGACAGCCGGCGACAGCGAAUCAGCUGUAGCCAUUUUGUGGUGGAGGAGGGCUAUGUGGCCGGAGAUGGAAAGACAGAGGCCACGCCCCCCAGGUCUCUCAGCAGAGCCAUCCUGAUAACGGAUUCCUCUGUUCUUCCUAGUGACUCAGAUCAGCAGGUUUCCAUGGUGACCGUUCCUCCAGAGGAGGCAGGAUGCCCAGCAGUGAAGAUAGUGGAGCUGUGUUCUUCCACGAUGACCUGCAUCCCUGGAACAUACUUAGUCCACCUCACCUGUCAGUCAGUUGGCUCCGCCUACGAGGACCUGUCACCAUUGGUAACCAGGAUGUUCAGCACACCGGAGUCACGUGACCAAGACCACCGCCCGUCUGUCCUCUGGUGUCUCUACUUCAACAUGGCCGACGGCUCGGCAUUGCAGAUGGAAGGUCGCCGCCUCCCGUCCAACGUACAUGUCUGCUCUGGUCCAGAUGGAGGUCUGGGACACGAGCACGCCAUCCAACAGGCCAAGUCCAUCUUCCAGAAGAUUCUCCCUGAGGAGGAUUUCUGUCCUCCAGCUCCCAAUCCUGAAGACAUCAUCUAUGAUGGUGAGAACACCUCCGCUUCAGUGGGAGAGGAAGACCAGGAGGAGCAGAACCAGGAUCUCCAGAGGGACCAGGAUCUCCAGAGGGAGGACCUCCAGAGGGAGGGGUGGCCGUUCAUGGAAGAUCACGGGCUGGAGACACCGGAAGAAUCCUGAGUUCUCAGAGUCCGAUGGAAGCAGAGAGAUGAGCAUCAUCGUCAUGAAAUGAUAUCAGUACAAAGAUUUAUGACACAGUAACACAGAUGCAGAUCAUUUGAUCAGCUCAACACUGGCCGAUUGUCAGCUGAUCACACAAUUAUCUCCAGAUCACAACUUUAACUGAGAGUUUAUUCAACUUUUAUCACAUUUUAUGAUCAUCUGACUAAGCAAACUGUGGUCAGAGCAUUUGGGAGUUUAUUGAUCAGCAGGUUGAGGAAAUCAGUUUCAAUACAUUAGAAAUUUAAUGGAAAAACUGGCUAAAUAAAAAAGUUCUGGAGCUCCUGAGCUGGAUCCAAAAAACUGGAUCUGAGACAGGGUUCUAGUUGUGAUCAGAAGAUAACUGGUCCAAAAGCCGAGAGGUUACCAAGGCAACCCACUGACUCAACAUAACAUAUAUGACAGAAAAAUCUUUACUUCAUCUGCAAGUGGAAACCUUAUAUCUCCAGGUGAGUCACAUGAUCACCUAACUGAUCAAUGAUUCCAGAGUUCUGAUAA